AUGGCUGAAAAAGUCCCUCCCAACCGAAAAGAGACUCCAGUCGUUCCUUACGUGCAGUUCCCCGAAGAACGCCAGGAACCACCUAGGCUUCUGGAAGGAUUCCAAAAGGUUGCCAUCGACUCGAAACGCAAGUCAAAGGCCGAAUUUACUUUGGGCGUUGACGAAUUGACCAUCUGGAGCACUGCCUCCUAG